UGGUGUAUAGAGGGCUAGGCCAGAAAUUGUUGUUAUACUCCAGGCUGUUUCUGUACAGAACUUCCCAUUGUGCUCAGGGUUUGCGCAAGUCCUUGCGGUAGUUGUCGGUCUCUGUGCUGGGUGUUUUAAGGCUUUAUCCUAGUAUACGGCUCACUCACUGAUCACGGCGGAUUCAGGGCUACAAUGAAACCACCCAUAACGUACAAGCAGGUAAAAUAUCAGGAUGAACAGGAGGUUUCCACGCGGCCUCACACAGAUCACGCAGAGAAGGCUCGUAAGUACUACCUCUGUGCUCUGAUCAUUGCGGUGGCCAUUACUAUCCUGUUCACCUUACUGGCUUCUCAGAUCCUACUAUUCCCCUUCUGCCUCAAUACAUCUAAAGAGAAGAUUGAGACUGUCCUCCUGAGCCAAGAGACCAGGUGUAACGAGCAGUGCCAGGUUGUCCUGGUAGAGAGUAUCCCAGAAGGGCUGGUGUACGAAGCCAACGCAACCACCAAUCCUUCCACUUUUCAGACAUGGAUGAACCUAAUAGCUGUGGCCAAGACCAGUGUGGACAUCGCCUCAUUUUACUGGACACUGACCAAUAAUGAUACCCAUACUGAACAUCCUUCAGCCAAUCAGGGAGAACAAGUCCUUCAAGAACUGACGAAGCUGAAGCAGAGGGGGGUGUCCCUUCGGGUAGCUGUUAACCCCACCAAUUCCCCCACAAAAGACAAGGACAUUAAUGUGCUACGGGCCAGUGGUGCAGACGUACGUGUGGUGGACAUGCCACGGCUGACAGAUGGUAUAUUACACACAAAGUUCUGGGUUGUAGACAAUAAACAUUUCUACAUUGGCAGUGCCAACAUGGACUGGCGAUCACUAACACAGGUGAAGGAGUUGGGUUCUGCCGUCUAUAACUGCAGCUGCCUGGCUCAGGAUUUGCAGAAAAUCUUUGAAGUCUACUGGGCCCUUGGAUUGCCCAAUGCCACCAUACCUAGCCAAUGGCCAGCAAACUAUUCCACCACAUACAACAAGGAGACUCCCAUGGAGGUCGCGCUGAAUGACACCACAGCCAAAGUGUAUCUCUCAAGUUCCCCUCCUCCUCUUUCACCAACUGGCAGGACAGACGACAUCAAGUCCAUUCUCAGCAUCAUCAAUGAUGCCAAGAAGUUUGUGUAUAUCUCUGUCAUGGACUAUACCCCAACAGAGGAGUUCGUAUACCCAAAGAGGUACUGGCCGAUGAUUGACAGUCACCUGAGGGAAGUUGUGUAUGAGAGACGGGUAGCCGUGCGCCUGCUGAUCAGCUGCUGGAAAAACUCCAAGCCGUACAUGUUCCCAUUCCUCACCUCACUGGCUGCACUGCACAGCAACAAAUCGCACUUCGACAUUCAGGUGAAAAUCUUUGUAGUGCCUUCAACCCCAGACCAAAAAAGGAUCCCGUUUGCCCGAGUGAAUCACAACAAAUACAUGCUGACCGACAGAGUGGCUUAUAUAGGUACGUCAAACUGGUCUGGGGACUACUUCCUGCGCACAGCUGGGUCUGCGCUAGUCGUGAACCAGACAAAUUCUGUCAAUGCCACCAACACUGUCCAAGAAAGACUUCAUGCUGUGUUUGAGAGAGAUUGGAAUUCUAAUUACAGUCACGUGCUCCAUGGCCUGGGUUCAUCGUGGAGUGAAAAGUGCAUCUUUUAAGAAACAUACUGGCCAUCACUAGUGAGCACUCAGGGGGAGCACCAAGAUGUCUUCUUGCAGAUUGGUGAUUUAGUUUUUGUGUGCAGGAACUGAACCUCAAGCACAGAAAGGCUAAUAUCGAAUGAAGAACUCAAGGUCUGUUAUGGAUAUUGAGUCAGAAAAGGGUGUUUAGAUUGAAGAGUGUCAGCUCCUUUUUAACGCAGAUGUCCCCAAACUGCACCAUGUCUCUGGAUAAUGUGAGCCCUGGGGGCUGCUAUCCCAGCUCUUCCUCAAUCUUUAUAGCAUUCGUCUCUUCGUUUAAUGUUUCUGGGUAUACAAGGUACAGGACACUUUAUACUUUCCCACAGUAUUUACAGGAUCUAAGGUUUUAUAUAUAAAAUUAAAUUGUUUUAGGGUUUUUCUUAUUUUAAGCAAUAAUACUCCUGCACAGGUAGCUCCAUGGCCACCUUGGCUCCUCUGUCCUACACAGAAUGUUCUCUAUGGUUCUUUGCCCUAAGUUUUCUUUUGACCACUGAACUGUGGGGGAGUAAAAGAAUAUUUCUGUGUCAGAGAAUUUUUACAUUUUUGCUGUUUUGACAGAGUUUGCAGUUGGCUUGUCAGUUUUACAGUAUUAACCGUUCUUGAACAAACCCAAUGUGACGUUCUCUGGCCGCUAGGAAUGCUGGAUAUUAAUGGGGUUUAAUAAAGAAUUCAGACGUGGAAUAACGCUGUUAGAAUUUCGUGUACUGUAACAGGACGUUUUUCAAGUGGAUUUCUAAAAUAUUUGACUCUUCCUUGUUGACAGUCUUUACCCUGGAAAUUCCCGCGUUCAGAUUCCUCUAACAAACCAACAGAGAAAUGUCAGAGUUGGACUUUGUAGACCAUUUCCUUAUUUUGUGGGUUAUUUUUUUUCUUGAUGUAACUUUUUGGGAGAAAGUUCCUUUAUCCAUGGCAUGUUCUCUGUAUUGAGAUUAUGACUAAAACCAUCUACUUUUCAUUUUAUAUAAAACCACAUCAAGCAGUUUGUUUGCGAAACCAGUUACUUCUGAUAAACCUUCAAACACGGCUGUGAAUGGCACAAUACUGCGCAGAGCGAAUAAACUGCUUGUCUGGUAAAGAUAAAAAA